AUAAAAUUAUACGGAGCGGACUGAUUACAUUGAGAACUACGGAUGUCAAACUCUGUGUGAAAGUUCUGCUAUGACUUUAAAUCAUAAGAAAUAAACUCCUCCCUCUCGAGCUGCUCCGCUGUCAAGUUAAAAAAAAGAAAAACGAACUCGCGUGCAUCGGGAUGGUGAGACGAGAGUGCGCGAAGCGGAGUGUGGUGGAAGUUGUUGAAGAAGAUCUUUUAAACACUCGGGUCUGACCCCCGCACACCGUGGAUCCGGGUGGAAGGAGGUCUCCGUUAUCUCCCCCCCCCCCGCCGCCCCUCCCCGGGAGCCGCUCGGGCUCUCUGACCGAUGGAAACAGAGAAGAGGAAAAAAGGGGGAAAUCUCUUCGCUCGACCCGAAGCGCCAUGCACCGGCGAAGCGACAUCUAACGCGUCUUUUACUACUUAUAUACCUCGGGUGAAAUGUAGUUCGUCGUCCGGUGGAACAUGUAGUACGCGCGCGGUCGCAUGUGCGUGUGCGUGAGUGUGCGUCUGUCUGUUUUUUUUGUGUUUUUAACGCUUGCGUGUUAGCAUGAUAUCGAGUCCGACAUGUCUGACGUGACGCCGAGUAAAAGCGUGGAAUGGCUGCAGCUGGAGUUGGAGUCCGGAGCCGCUUCUCUGCUGCUGCUGGACUGCCGCUCGCACGAACUCUACGAGUCUUCCCACGUAGAGACCGCCAUGAACCUGGCCAUACCGGGGCUGAUGCUCCGCAGGUUCAGGAAGGGCAACAUACCGAUCCGGACCAUCAUCCCCAACCACGAGGACAAGGAGAAGUUCAUUAGGCGGUGCAAGACGGACACGGUGCUGCUGUACGACGAGAGCACCGCGGGCUGGCAGGACGGCGGCGCCCCGGCGUCGGUUCUGGGUCUACUUCUUCAGAAACUGUGGGAGGACGGCUGUAAAGCGUUUUUCCUGGAAGGUGGAUUCGUGAAGUUUCACACCGAGUACCCGGAGCACUGCGAGACCCUCCUGGACAGCUCCUGUCCCAGCUCCUCCCCGCCGCUCUCCGUCCUGGGCUUCGGGAACCUGCGGAUCAGCUCGGACUGCUCGGACGGGGAGUCCGACCGCGAGCCGAGCAGCGCCACGGAGUCCGAGGAGAGCCCCGUCCCCGGCAACCAGCCGGCCUUCCCCGUCCAGAUCCUGCCCUACCUUUACCUGGGCUGCGCCAAAGACUCCACCAACCUGGACGUGCUGUGCCAGUACAACAUCCGGUACAUCCUGAACGUCACACCCAACCUGCCCAACGUGUUUGAGCACGACGGCCACUUCCGGUACAAAAAGAUCCCCAUUUCGGACCACUGGAGCCAGAACCUGUCCCAGUUCUUCCCCGAGGCCAUAUCAUUUAUAGAUGAGGCCCGGUCCGAGCACUGCGGCAUCCUGGUCCACUGCUUGGCCGGCAUCAGCCGCUCGGUCACGGUCACCGUGGCCUACCUGAUGCAGAGGCUCAACCUCUCGCUCAACGACGCCUACGACUUCGUCAAGAGGAAGAAGUCCAACAUUUCCCCCAACUUCAACUUCAUGGGUCAGCUGCUGGACUUUGAGAGGACGCUGGGGCUGCGCAGUCCCUGCGACAACCGCGCCGCCAGCGAGGAGCAGCUCUUCUUCACCACGCCGACCAAUCACAACGUCUUCCAGCUGGACACCCUGGAGUCGACAUGAGGGUCGAUUGGAUGGCCUUUUAUUUUUUAUUAAGUCGGUCCACGGUGUCUCUGAACCAAAGGGAACGUCGGUUCCAGCCUGCCUUAAAUCCCCAACACAAGGAUGACUCCGUCGUCAUACGUGGCGUUCAUCGUGACCGCAGGACACUUCGUAACUUUUGUAUUAAAUCCAGGAUUGUCGUUUGACCAGCUGUGCGGCGGAUGUUAGUGUUUCGAUUAUUGCCCUGAGACGGCCAAUCAGAAUGUGUUCUUCUGGGGGACCAAUCUCGAGAUAUUUUCACGGUGUGCAAAAUAAGCUUCGACAGCGAUCCGGGCCUUGAAAAAAAAAACGUCCAGUUUUUCUUCUGACGAAUGGAGAUACCACAGAAAGUAUAUAUUUUUAUGAAUACUUUCACUGAUGUCCCGUUCAAUACGUUUGUAAGAUCCAGUAAAAGCCCACUUAAUUAAAACAUAUCACUUUCCAUAAUUGCCCCUGUACAUUCUAAUUCUUAUAACUGCAUUAUUUGCAUGUGACCUUGUUUUGCAACUCCGUAGCUCACGUUUCCUGUUGUCGAGGCCUUGAACCACAAGUCCGACACCACCAGGUCGAGGCGGAGAGCGUGAGAGCGGCUUUUCGCCACGAUUGAGAGGAACAAAUGUGUAACUAAUCGGUGCGUAAAAGGAAUGGAUGGUCUCCACGUUUCCUUUGGCCUGCAGCUACUCCCUUCUGAUGGCACAACGUUUAUUCAGCUGCUCUCUAUUGCCCGUGCGUUCUCAGAACGGCGCGUUUGACGUGUGAGAGGAAAUGAAAGGAAACAAGUUUGACGAAAUGUGUUCUUACCUCAAAGAGAGACAUUUUCAGGGAUUUUUUUAUACCAGUCAUCUGUAUCUCCUCGCGGCCUCUUAAAGUGCAUCCAAGGGCUGUUUGCGUUUUGGUAUGUUUGUCAAGAUGUACAUAAAAUGCGGUUGCCAUGGGGGGACAUUUUCUUAAAAUCAUGAAGGAUGCGAAAGUGACCCUGUUUUCCACCCGUAUUGUAUAGUAUAUGUAAAGCUAAAUGUCCAAGACAUUCUGUACAAGUUUAUACAACAAAUAU